AUGGCUGAAGCAAUACGAGAAACAAUUCUCUGUCAACAUUGUAAUACUCUGAUUAACUUUCAAGAUUGGACUGAACAUUCAGAACAAUGUACUAAUGCACAUAAAUGUCGAGUCGAAAAUUUAAAAAAUGGUAUUGACAAUGAACCAAUUAAUAUUUUAGUUCCAUGUGAAUAUUGCAAUAAGCAAGUCAAUGCACAUGAUCUUGAAUGGCAUACAAGACAAUGUGCUGAUAAAUAUCGACGUCAAAUUCAAAAAUUACAGAACAAUGAAACAACGCUCGUUCCAUGUGAAUACUGCAAUGCUCAAGUUAACGCACUAGAAUGGGAACUGCAUACGAAAAGAUGUCGACAUAAGCAAUCCUUGUCAGCUUUUCAACCGAAUGCUCUACAUGAUGAAGUAUUUGGCACCAUCUAUUCUUUACCAAAACAUUGGGAUCUUUCAGCAUUAAAUAAUCUUACUCGUUAUAUUCUUGAUCCUGAAACAGAAGAAUACAAAUUCGUUGCAAAUAAUUUUCACCAAACAUUACCAUUGAAUCAAAUUGUUCAAAUUGAACGAAUUCAAAAUCGGCGUUGGUAUCGUCAAUAUGAUGCUCAUAAAGAGGAUUUUAUUGAACGAUAUGGUAAAAGUACUGAAAGAUGGUUAUUUCAUGGAUGUCGUGAAUCAAGAUCAGCUGAAGCAAUUAUUCAUGAUUGUUUCAAUCGCAGUCAUGCUGUUAAUUGCGCUCGUGUGUUAGUCGGAAGAACAACUGUAGGAAGUUCAUCGAUGCGUAUUUGCCCUCCAGGUUUUGAUACGACAGGUGGAGGAAAUGUUUUUGUAACUUAUCAUGAUGCUCAAGCUUAUGGAGAAUAUUUAAUAGUCUACAAAUGA